AUGAGUCCGCCGACGACUGUCGCCGUUAUUGGCGCUGGAAGCACGGGCUUGUCUAUGCUCAAGACGCUUCGCGAGGAUGGAUUCCAAGUUACUUGCUUUGAACGGAGGACUCAAGUGGGCGGGUUGUGGGCCUAUACCACCGACAAGUCCAUGACGACCGCGUUGCGCACGACGGUCGCAAAUAUCAGCAAGUAUACUUGCGGCAUGUCGGACUUCCCUAUGCCUGAUAAAUAUCCUCAUCACCUGAGUCAGGCAGACUUCCAAGAGUAUAUGGAGUCUUACGCCAAGCAUUUCGACAUGCACAAAGAUAUUGUUUUCGGAGCCUCUCUGAAGCAAGUAGUCCGAACUCUGGAUGACACCAAAUGGCGCUUGGAACUAGAAAAGGAUGGCAAAAUCAUUUAUGAGGAGUUCGAUAAAGUAGCCCUUACUCAUGGGUACCAGACCCAGGCAAUUACGCCAACGUUCGAAGGCCAAGAGAAGUUCGAAGGUACUUUUAUUCACGCGCAGCAAUACAGAUCAGCGGAGGACUUCAGAGGCAAGAAGGUAGUGAUGGUUGGGCUUGGCACCACGACUGGGGACGUUACUGCUGAGCUCAUUCCUGUCGCUUCGAAAGUCUACGCUGCGCACCGGCGGGGCUCUCUCAUUGUCAAACGAUGGCGGAAAGGCACCCCUACUGAUCUCGUUGUCAGUUGGCGAAAGCGGCAGAUCAACAACUGGCUUCAGAAGAACUUCCCGGACGCAGCAAGUUGGGUUGCGGAUAUUGCGCUCCGAUUCUUGUUGAGGCAGGUAUGGGGAAAGUUUGAUCCUGUCUGGCGGCUAGAGCCUUUCCCUUCAGUGUUUCUGUCCCUGCCGUCUUCCUCGGAGACUCUCAUACCAGCGCUUCGGGAUGGGUCUUUGACAUCUCUUUGGGGAUUGAAGCGUUUCGUUGGGCCUCGCUCAAUCGAGUUCGACGAUGGGACCAUAAUUGAGGAUGUCGAUGCCGUAAUAUGCUCUACCGGCUACAAGGGUGACUUCGGCGUGGUUCCAUUCCUGGAGAAGAGCCGGCCGGCUAACUAUCAUGGCGAGGAACUCGCACGACUCUGGAUGAAUAUGUUUCCGACGCAGUAUGCUGAUUCUUUAUGUAUGCUCUGCCAUUCAUCCUACGGAAAGAGUAAUGGGUUCUCGUUUUGUGAUGUCCAAUCCAUGGCGGUAAGCAACGUUUGGCGUGGAAUUCACCCCCUGCCACUGCGCAGAGAAAUGGAGAAGUGGGUCGACGAGCAUCAAGAAUGGCUUGCGACGCGCUGGAGAUUGGACGACAAAAUCGACACCUCUAUGGUCAGGACAUGGGAGUUUCAAAACUGGAUUCACGAAGCGGCCGGCACGGGUAUGGACAAUCUGGGCUGGGGAUGGAAGGGAUGGAGGUUUUGGUUCAAAGACCCGAAGAUGUCCUAUCUGAUGAACAAUGGUAUCGACACAGCACACGCAUUUCGGUUCUUCGAAACGGGAAAGAGAAAAACAUGGUCUGGAGCGAGAGACGCCAUCAUCCACAUGAAUGGGCUUGUGAAGCAGUUUCCUCUUCAAGAGAAGAGGAACCAAUGA